GAGGGGUGUAAACAUCCACGAUGUGUUUCGCGAGAAAGGGGUAGCUGUUCAUUUCGAGGCAGUUGUUCUGGAGGACUUAUGUAUAUUUAACACUAUUUUGGGAGGUGGGAAGAGGAAGAAUGAAAGAGGUCUUCCAACAGAGCGGUCGCAAUCAUGAACGGUGCCCUGUACAUUUCGUUUUUCCAAUGUCAGCUGGAGUCCGCGCUGGAGCAGGUAGUGCAGCUCGCCGUGCAAGAAAUCACCAAGACUGCUGGGGCCACUUUGAAUUCAAUGCUAUUGGAAACGGCCACCAAAGAGCAGGAAAAUCAGCGUUUGAGGGCUACCCUCCAGUCUCGGGGAGGGAACGGGAAAAGCAAUGCGUCUAAAGGAAAAACAGACACGAACGAUGAAACAAAGCAACACCGCCCCGGUCCGAUCCCGGAAUGUGGCGUUCAGUCCGAAACGCUCAGGCGUGAACAGAAAGCGCGGGCAGUUGGUCAGUUAAAAUCUGUUAUGGAGCACGUGCUGGAAUUCGCCGUUUAUGAGCUGACUAAAAUUGUGGAAGACAGCUUUGACGACCUGCUCUCGGAGUUCACCAAGAAGGAGUGGGAAAACCAGAUAUUGAAACGGCAGUUACUGGACAAGAACAUAGUGGAGGACAGUGAUGUGGUUGCUGUGGAAACGGAGGACCGCAAAAAUGACUCUGCCUCUCCUAGCAGUUCCAGAGUAGAAAAGCAAGAGUGGAAAGGCCUGCAGGGCCACUCACCCAAAAAAGAAAAAACUGAAACCACAAACGAACCAGACAAGCAGACUGUCAUUGCAGUGGCUCAGAACUGGGUGCCCAUCCUGGACAAAGUCUUCGGGCAGAAGUGGUGCAGUGACCUCUGGCAGAUCAAAGAGGUCACCACCAGUAAAGAGGAGUGCACCGGGCUGAGCUCGGGCUCGGUGACCGACAUGAACAGCUUAAUUCGAGAGGCGCUCAUGCCGUCUUGCCUGGCCACUCAGAGGAAGCUGGAGCUGGAGGUGGGGCAGCCACCAUGGUUGCCACUAGACGAUAUGGAGGUUGUUUCUCUAACCUCUGAGACUAAAGGCGUUCCUGUCAUCAGCUCUACAGGUGAUGACUCUCAAAUCAGAUCCCCGUCAAUGUUGCAAAGACUCCUGACGCUCCCUUCCCAGCUGCUCGAGGAUGACGAUGAGUCCAUGGAUGCCGUUCCCAGUCUGGAAGUGUCCAAAGACCCAGCUGAUCCGCAAGACGGUAAGGGCUCAAAGAGUGACCAGAUGAAUAAGAAAAAGGACGAAGAGGAUGAAGACGAGGAGGACGACGAAGAUGAUGAUGAGAUGACGAACAGGACUGAGUCCUUGAAACACAAAGGUAGGAGAAAAUCCCAUGCUUGCAAAGAGUGCGGCAGGAAGUUCAGCCGAGCGCAUCUUCUCAGAGCCCACCGACAAACGCACGAGGAGACACCCAACCGAUGCCCACAAUGUGGAAAGAGUUUCUCCCAGUCUUCAAGGCUCCAGGCUCACUUACGGACACACACGGACAAAACGAUAUGAGAAAAUUCAGUAGAAUAGGAGGAGCGGUUUUCCAGUGAUUAUUGCUUCUCGAAGUGAGUGGAACUUUUUCAUUGCACGUACUGGUGAAGUAAAUGCAAGAAACGUGUCACCUUUUUUGCUAGUUUGAAGGUACACUGAGGUAAACGGAUUAGUCAUCUGACAUGAUUUAAAGGGUUAGUUCACCCAGAAAUGAAAAUUAGGCUGUGUUUUACUCA